UUUUAAACAUAAUUAUUCUAAUGAUUGACAUCGAUAGUUCUGAUAUUUUCAAGUAUUAAAAUUAAAUAUAUUAGUUUUAUUUAUAUACAUUUAAUUAACCAUUUAAUUGAUAAUAACUUAUUAUUGUUCAACUACAAACCCUAUCAGUUAGUCAGUGACAAUAUACUCAAUUAAUAUAAUAAAUAAUAAUUUGUUUUUAGUGAGAUGGAGGAUAAAAAAAAGUUGGCUGUAUUGAUUGUAAACCAUUUAAAAAAUCAACUCAAUUCAGGAGAGUUUUCUAGUGAAGCUUUAGAAAGUUUAGAGGUCUCUGUACAAUGUAUAGAAUCAGCAUAUAAUAUAAAUCCAGCUGAGUCUGAUAAUAUUGAAAAAAAAUUGGAAGAUAUAGUCAAAGAGUACUUUUAUAGUGAUGCAAAUGUAAAAAAGGAGACUUCUAACUUGAAUUUUUCUGAAGUAAAUGAUGACAGUAAAUAUAAAACGGCUGAACACCAUAAAAAUUGUGGAAAUGAGUUUAUGAAAAAUCAAAAUCAUGAAAAAGCAGUGGAAGAAUACUCCAAAUCAGUGACAUUAGAUCCCACAAACCCUAUAUUUUAUUGUAAUAGAGCUGCUGCAUAUAAUGCAUUAGGUAAAUACCAAGAUGCCAUUAUGGACUGUCAAAAAGCUAUAGAGCUGGAUUCUUCUUACAGUAAAGCAUAUUGUCGUCUAGGACUUGCCUACUCUCAUAUGAAAAAUUUUCAAAAAGCUGCCUCGUGUUAUAAAAAAGCAAUGGAGUUAGAUCCAGAUAAUGUUGGGUAUCAAAGAAAUUAUCAAUUGACACUAAAUAAUUUACAAGGAAAUCAGCAACAAAAUAACAAUGAUGCCAAUACACAACCUCCAAAUUUAAUGGAAACCGCUGCACGAUUAAUGAGUGACCCAGAAGUAUCUUCAGUUUUAAACAAUAUCUUAGGAGAUGUCUCAAAUUCAGGUGGUGCUGGACUAGACAGACUGAUGCAAGUUGGACAAACUAUUGUUUCACGUUUACAAACAUCCAAUCCAAAUUUACUUGAUGGUAUUCGUAUGCAAUUUCAAAAUGCUCAAAAUGAAGGACAGCCCCCACAGAAUGGCUUUUCUAAUGAUAAUAAUCAAUCAUAAUUAUAAAAAUAUUUUUCAAAAAUUUAAUAUCUUUUUCACAAAUAUUAACUAUAUUAUUUUUUAAAAUCAUAGAUGGUGUUUUCUAAAUAAUUGUAAAAAAUG